GGCAAAGCUGGUAUCCCCCAACACUAACAAAAGCAAAACAACUCCGCUUUCAACGCUAUUUUUUCACUUUGUUUUCAUUCCUUCCACCUUGAUGGGAUACCCAGAUUUCCUUCUUCAGCUCUAAAUUAAUGUCCAACAAAUCAUACCAAAAAAAAAAAAAAGAAAGAAAAACCCGAAACAAUAAUCAGUCUCUACAAUAUUAAAAAUGCAAGAAAGAGAACAAGGAGAUGCCAGAAUUUACAUUGUCUCAACCCUUUUAUUUGCCUGCGUUGUUGCAGGUGGUGCAUUUCUAUGCCUUUACAUGUUCCGGCCUGAACCAGAAUCUGAACCCUGGUAUCCAGUUGUAGGGAUCAUUCUUAUAGGCAUUCCCUGGAUCUUUUGGAUUGGUACUUACAUAUACAGGUGUUGUGCACAUUGCUGUUGUCAAAGCAAUGGAGGAAAUGUUAACAGGGUGCAAAGCAGCUUAACGAAGACACAGUCUUAUGCUUCUGCAGGACCUGUAACCAGAUCAAUGCAUUCAUCGGAAAAUGAAGAUUCACCAUUGAGAUCGCCGAGUGGUGAUCAUCGUCGUGUUCAUUUCGAACAGGUUGCUGUGAUGGGAAGUAGCAAGUAUAAUCAGAAUGGCCGCGGCGGUGAAAGUCCGCGUGAGGAUGCAAAAGGGUUUCAUGAAACAGAAGGUGAAGGUGGAGAAAAUUCUCAUGACAACAUUACAUCUGAUAAUGAUUAUAUUUCAGCUGCAUCUAGGAAAGGCGAGGCACCACUAAUCUUAUCAGCUUCAACCUGAACGAGGU